AUGCGGGGGCUUAUGUCCAGGGCUCAAUACAGUGAUUCUAUGGAGUUGGUGAUGUACUUGGCAUUAUGGGGUUCUUAUCCGAGAAACACCAUAAAUUUCAUGCCCAAAGUUGUGAAUGACAUACAUAAGCGCGGUGGCACAUUUCUUUGCACUUCAAGAGGAGGUCAUGAUACUAACAAGAUAGUUGAUAUUAUUCAGGACAAGAGAAUAAAUCAGGUGAUAGACAAAUCUUUCGGAAUUGAUACUGCUGUUGAAGAAGCUCAGAGAGCAACUAAUGCUGCGCAUGUGGAGGUUGAAAGUGAGGAAAAUGGAGUUGGAAUUGUUAACCCUAUGGGCAGAUACAGUGGUUUCAUUGCAAUGUUUGCAACUUUGGCAACUUGA